CACAGCCAGAUGCCACAGCCAGCAGCCCAGUUCUGACUGCCCUGGCACCUCGGGUACCCCCUCCACUGACUGUAAACCAAGCCCCGGCUCAGCUCCAGACACUCACAACGUCCCUGGCAGCACCAUGAGCCUGGGAGUUUUCCUCCUCCUGGGGCUCCUCAUCCUCAGGGCAGAGCCAAGCAUGACAUCAGAGGAGAAGGGCGGGGACCCCCCAAAACCAGGAAGGUGCCCACGGGACUUCAUGCGCUGCCUGCGCCAGGAGCCCCCGCUCUGUGCCAACGACAGCAGCUGCCCCGCUGGGCUCAAGUGCUGCCCCUGGGAGUGCCGGCUCCGCUGCAUCCCCCCGGCAGAAGAGAAGCCCGGUGCCUGCAGGGCAGCAGCCCCCGAGGGGCUCAUUGCCCCCUGCUCCUUCCCCUGCCUGGAGGACAAGGACUGCCUGGGAAUGCAGAAAUGCUGCCCGCUGGGCUGUGGCUCUGCCUGCCUGGAGCCGGCACCAGACCAGCCCAAGCCCACGGAGGGCCCCGUGGUGCAGCCAACACCGUUCCAGGAGCGGUGCCGAGGCGAUGGCGACUGCCCCGAUGUGCAGAAAUGCUGCAACAGCAGCUGUGGCCACCAGUGCCUGCCAGGAGCGUCAGCUGAGGACACCAGCCCUGCCCCAGCCACUCAACGGCCACUGCCACACCAGUGGGGGUGCCUCCAGGACCAGGACUGUCCCCCAUCCCACGUGUGCUGUCACCAGAUGUGCAGCCAGCGGUGCCCAGCACGUGGCCAAGGGAAGGACGGAUUCUGCCCAACCUAUGCUGGGCUGUUCCCCAGUUAUGACUGCAGAGCCUGGUGCUGGCAUGAUGACGAGUGCCCUGGCAAGGAGAAGUGCUGCCUGAGUGGCUGUGACUAUGUCUGCCUGCCCCCGUCCCAAGAAAAACCAGGCAUCUGCCCGCUGGCUGAGGAGGCUCCGCUGGCCACAUCCCCAUGUGGCACCACUUGCAUCCAGGACUGGCAGUGCCCGGGGGCUGAGAAGUGCUGCAGCAGCAGCAGAUGUGGCCCUGUGUGCUUGGCCCCAGAACCAGACAAACCUGGUGAGUGCCCAAAGGUGAGGCCACAGCAGAUUUCUGAGCCGUGCUCGGAGCAGGACUCCUGUGCCCACGACAGGGACUGUCCCCGGCAGGAGAAGUGCUGCUUCUCUGGCUGUGCCAUGUGCUGCACCCGCCCUGCCCGAGAGCACCCUGGGGAGUGUCCCCGGCCAGAGCCAUGCUGGGACCCCCGGCGUCGGCGUGGGAGCCAGUGCCUGGAUGACAGUGUCUGCCGGCGAGAGGAGAAGUGCUGCGACACGGGCUGUGGCUGGGAGUGCGUGGCCGUGCCCAGAGAAAGCUGGGACAGCACUGACAGCAAGUGUGUGGAGGAGUGCGAGGUCGACUCACAAUGUCCCCGGGGACAGCGGUGCACCAGCAUCGGCUGCGGCCACGUCUGCAUGGACAUCCCUGGAGAGCGUGACACGGCGGCUGUGCCACGACACGGUGCCGAGCGGUGCACGGAGCAGUGCGAGGCUGACUCACAGUGUCCCUGGGGCCAGAAGUGCACCCGCACGAGCUGUGGCCGUGUCUGCAAGGACACCCCUGGAGGCAGAGAUGGAGCGUGCCCCAUGCCCAGGGGCCGUGGGUCAUGCCUGGACCUGUGCAACCUCGAUGAGGAGUGUCCCUGGGGCCACAAGUGCUGCAGCAACGGCUGUGGCCACGUCUGCACACGGGUGUCCAGGGGUAAGGAUGGGGCCAGCACCAGGGCUGGCACCAGGUCACGCAGGGUGUCAACUAGACCUGUGUGA